UUUUCUCGAAUGUUUAAUUGCCUUGUGUCUCCAAGGAACUUUUCACUUCUUUUUAACAUUUGCUUCUCUUCCCUACAUCAUGGCCGUACUGUUUCCAUAAUGAUUAUUGUAAUUUUGCCCGGAAAUGAUUCUCUCUUGUGCACUAGAGCUUUUGUGCACUGGUGCGAGUCAUGAGAAACAUGGACGCCGACAACACGACACAAAGAUGGCACUUCCGCGUAAUAAUUUUCUUCUUACUGCUUCACCAAAGCACAGCCUUCAGUUGCAAUUCCUCCGCUAUUGGUGUUGCAAAUAUUGCUAAGAUACCAAAUGACAAGAUGACUUCAUCAUCCCAUUUCAAUACCAGUACUCCACCGUCCAAUGGAAGGCUUCGUUUCACCAGUGGGUCGUCAUGGUGUUCUAAUACGUCAGACUUUUCUCCAUACCUUCAGGUUGACUUGAAUACAUCUUAUGUUAUUUGCGGUGUAGCAACACAGGGUGACCACAAGUCCAGGAGGUGGGUGCAGACUUACCAGAUACAGACAUCGGCAGAUGGAAUUGCAUUUACUGACUAUAAAGAAAACAAUAUUACGAAGGUAUUUCCUGGAAACAAUGAUUCUAACACAAUUGUACAAAAUUCAUUGUUGGUUGGGGUUGUUGGUCAGUAUGUCCGUAUUCGACCUGGAUCUGCAUCUUGCAUGAGAAUAGAAUUAUAUGGUGUACAGAAGGACACAGCUUCGACCAUAAAAAUAUCCGAAUUGUCAAAUAAAAACCUUACAGCUUUAAGAGGUAGUCAUGUAACUUUGACAUGCAAGGUACAAGAACCAUUGGUACAGUCCAUUGCCUGGAGUAUUGAUGGUCAAGAUGUAACAAAUCUGUCUAGUGGUCUUAUGCGCAAUGUGACCUUUGUCAAAUCUGAAUUGCAAGUAAACUACACCAAUGCCAGUGAUGUUUUUACGAAAUUUCAAUGUUCUAAAGAAUCAAGUUUUGUAAUAUGCAGAAGAAAGAUUGUGUGCAAAGUUAAUUAUACAAAAGACGGUGUUUCUAGAAGUUCGAUUCAAGGAGCAGAGGUCACGACUUUCCUUGAAUAUCCAUCUACCCCCUCAUUAAAACGUGUUAAUAACUCGGAUAUUCAAACCACGUCGGCGGAAAUCCAUUGGACAAUCUCAAAAUCGGAAGCACAAGCAAGCAAUUCCUUUGCUAUAAAGUACUGGAUCAACUCAACUAAGAAUACUGUCAAUGCUUCAAGCUCUCCCCAAAAAAUUAGUGGUUUGUCAGUUUGCACACAGUAUAAUGUUUCUAUAAGGGCUGAAAGUCUACUAGGUGAAGGAUCCUGGAGUAACACUUUGAGCUUCAGAACAAAAUCUAAAUCUCCAGAUGGAGUUACUGCAACUCCAAAAACAUCACAAAGUAUCCUUGUGACAUGGCAGGUCGCCUCUGCUCUCAGAUGCCCCAUUGAUAGAUAUAGAAUAAAAGUCUCGACUACGCAGGGAGGAACUGGGGACUACAUUGUUGUCGAAGGUGAAGAUACUUCUUCACGUAUCAUUCCAAACUUGAAAAAAUGGACGGAAUAUCACAUUACAGUCCAAGUUCACAAUGAGGCAGGAUAUAGUCUACCGAGUGCUGCCAGAAAGCAACGCACCCUGGAAGAUAAGCCAGAUGCUCCACCAACGAAUUUCAAUGUAACUGCCACAAGCCCUACAAGUGUUAACCUUACAUGGGGCUUGCCACCAAAGGACAAAAGGAAUGGUGUCAUUAGAGGUUUUAAUAUAUCAUAUUGUAAGACAGCUGACAAUACUACUCGGAUAACAAAAACAUUGGAAGGAAGUAGCACUCUUCAGGAUGUUAUUGAUGGACUCGAAAUGCACACUGAAUAUUCUUUCAAAAUACUGGCGUACACAUCUGAAGGAAACGGUCCUUAUUCAAACGAGAUCAAGGAGCGGACCCUUGAAGAAAACAAAUCUAACCAAUCAGGAAGCGGGUCCAUUGCUCCACUGGUAGGAUCUUUGGUAGCCGUGUUUUUGGUGAUUAUCAUUGUUACCAUUAUUGUUGGGGUUAUCUUCUGGAGAAAAAGACGCAAAGACAUCCAAGCGAAUGAUGAAAUUGAGAUGGAUAAUGUGGAAAAUAUCGAAGAGAAGAAUAAAGAUGUGAUAAAAAGUAACCCAAAUACUCAAAGUCUUGAAGAUGAAAGUGCAGAUAUGUAUGCUAAUGCUGAGGUAAUACGGCAUCAGCCCAUCCACGUCAAUAAGUUUAGGAAGUACGUGAAUGAAAAUCAGGAUAUAAUAAAGGCAAACUUUAAGCUUCUCGCCGCUGGGCAGAUGCAUCCUUGGACGGUUGCAAGGGAUCCAAAAAACAAACCUAAGAACAGAUAUGCAAAUAUCAUCACAUACGAUCACUCAAGAGUUGUUUUAGAAGACACAUCAAAUGGUUCAGACUAUGUCAACGCUUCCUACAUCCACGGAUUUGAUGGCACUCCCAAAACUUAUAUAGCAACACAGGGUCCCAAUUUAUUAAGUACGCCGGACUUUUGGCAGAUGGUGUGGCAGGAAUACAUCAAGACUAUUGUCAUGCUUACUAAUUUGAUAGAAACGAAAAAGGUGAAGUGUCAUCAGUACUGGCCUGACAAGAAAGACACUUUUGAAACUUAUGGAAAAUUCACAGUAAAGCUCCAUCGCACUGAUACGAUGGCUGACUAUGUUGUCAGGGUCUUCAUCGUCUGCAAGGAUGGCGAGACGGAGAAUCGACAAGUUUACCAUUUCCAGUACAUUUCCUGGCCAGACAAGGGUGUGCCAGAGCACGCUACGUCAUUGUUAGGCUUUCGCAAGAAGGCUAGGUCACACUAUCUGUCUUGUGGUUCAACAGGACGGCCUUUGCUUGUCCACUGCAGUGCUGGUGUAGGCCGAACUGGAGCAUUUCUAGCAAUAGAUGCGAUGAUGGAGAAAGUCAAAAAAGACAAAACCAUUGACAUUUUAAACUAUGUGCAGCUCAUGAGGGAAAAUCGAUGCACAAUGAUCCAGACAGAGGAGCAAUUUUUGUUCGUUUACCGUGCCCUACAGGAGGCAAUAACUUGUGGGAAUACAGAAAUAACUGUUAUAGACCUUAACAUUGCUAUGGCGAAAUUAGCCCGACCAAGACCAAAGGAUCAGCAAACUGGUUACCAGUUAGAAUGGAAGCGCCUGAAUGCAAUCAGUCCCAAAGUUACCAACGAAGCUUGUGAAACAGGAAGACAACAAGAAAAUCUACCACGUAACAGAUAUCAAGACAUCAUCCCGUUUGAUUCAAGUCGUGUGCUCCUCCCUCAAGAACACCAAAACUACAUCAACGCAUCUUUUGCUAACGCUUUCAGGGAACGCAAAGCUUUCAUCAUGACGCAGGCGCCAUUGGAGAACACUAUUUCAGAUUUCUGGCUCAUGGUCCAUCAGUACAAGAUUGGAUCAAUUGUGAUGUUGAACAAAUUACAAGAAGAAAAUGAGUCGUUCCUUCAGUACUGGCCAAAAGAAAGCUCAGAUACAUAUAAUGGUAUAAUAGUCGAGGUGAUUCAUAGUGAAAGCUGCGGACCAUUGGUUGUCAACAAGUGUAUCCUCACUCAUUUAGAGGAUCAAAACAACCCUCAUAACUUUGUUCACAUUCAACACACCGACUGGCCUAAAGAUGGUGCACCAAACGAUUGUCAAAGUAUUCUUGAUAUCGUCAACAGAGUUCAAAAAGCACAGCAGCAAUCAUGCAACGCUCCAAUUGUAGUCCAGUGCAGUGAUGGUGUUGGUCGAAGUGGUACAUUUUGCGCCGUGUAUUCAAUACUUGAACGAGUCAAGUUAGAGCAAGUCGUUGAUGUCUUUCAAGCCAUUAAAGUUCUUCGUCUUGGACGCCCUAAUGCCGUGGCAACUUUGGAGCAAUAUAAAUUUUGCUAUAAGAUGGUUCGAGCAUACCUUGAUUCAUUCAACGAUUACGCCAAUUUUAGUGAAGUGUGAGCACCAUUCUCCAUCCRAGAAGACUCAAGCACAAUGGAACUAUUGAUAGCGUUUCUUAUGCCAAACUUCCCGCUUUUUAUUAUUAACUUUAAUUUAUUGUCCAAAGAAGUCUUUUGCGAGUUUACUACGCUGUGCGCAAUUAUUACAUCUUGAGCCAUGUCAACCAUAGCGACAAAUGUCAACUAAUGUGGAACGGCGACGCCAUUUUGUAAUCAGAAAGCAAAAUGUAAGAAAAUGUACUCAGUCCUAGCACUCUUCUUGUUUUUGGGAUUUCUUAAAAAAACGACUCAGCUACUUUUGAUUUAAAAAUGCUAACGAAGAAUAUGUAUAGGAUAUUAAUGGACAAUGAUUGGAUCUAAGCAGACWAUGACYACCAYCUCCCAUCAURCUUUGCUUUAGAAAAUGGCGGCAGUUGCUCAUUACCUUUGGAAAGUAUUUUUUAAAUUAUCCUUAUUUAAGAAAAGCUGAUGUACAUAUAGUUCACAGUUUAUAGCAUUUUUUACUGACGUUAUUUAUAUUCUGACAUAGGAUUUAGUUAUGACGAGAAUAAUAAAAUAUUUUAUUGAAAUAUUUUAUUGACUUUUGUAUUUUUUGUGUGGAAAGAAGUAAGUACAUAUGUUUAUAACAAAUUAAAUACUAAUAAUAAUUAUAGAUACUAGAAAAUCUGUAAAAAUCGCAGAAUUGAGCCAUGCAGUUGUUAUAUAUGCACAAUCUGAAAUAUAGCUCUACUUUUGAAAUGAUAUACAAUUUACCACGAAAAACUGCAGGCGACUAUUGCUAGCUAGCACAAGUGACUGAUCAAAAUGAAUUUCGAAAUAGUUGAAUAAAGAUAUUAAUAAUAAUAA